UUGGUGUCGUUCCAACUCAAAGCGGACGUAACAUUAUGAACGUCGUUGAUUGAGAAGCGGAGUAAACCGGGCCGAGUCUACGUGGCGCUGGCGCUCAAUAUUCAAUUCUUAUCUUCACGACUGCCUUCAACGAUACCAACGUACAAUACUGAUAACUAUGGCUCUUGACCCUCUCUCUGCAGUUGUCACCGCGCUCGAGCGAGAAUCCAUCAUACCUGACGUUAUUCCCAAAACCUCAGGUUUCGUCCCAACAGUGUUGUUCUCCGUUAUUUAUCCCGGGGGAAUAGAGGCAGUACUUAGCACUGAGCUUUUGCGGGAUAAUACCUUAGAAGAACCAGAAAUCAACUUCACUCCAAUGGUGACCAGCGAUGAAACAGCGGGAGACUUGACCGGUGACCGUGGAGAGACCUCUUACACUUUGGUGAUGACGGAUCCCGAUGCACCGUCCAGAGCAGAUCCUAAAUACAGACAAUUUAGACAUUGGGUAAUAACCGGUCUCAAGUCUCCUGCCAUUUCUUCAAGUCCAAGCGGAACUUCCAGCCUGAUUGCAUUGAAGACCAGAGCAUCCAUAACUCCUUAUCGUCCACCUGGUCCUCCACCUGGGAGCGGCUCCCACAGAUACUGUUUUCUGCUCUUCCAGGAGCCCGCAGGGAAUACCUUCACCAUUCCAGAAGGUGCCAAGGAGCAUGGAGCUGCGUUAGAAGAGCGACGGAGUUGGAAUGCGUUUGAAUUUGGAACCCAAUAUGGCUUGAAGCUCGUUGGAGCCAAUUAUUUUAUUGUAAAAUCGGUGGACGUCUAAAAGCAAACAAUCAGCCAUCUUAAAUCUGGUAAAAUGAAAAAUAUCGUCACUUACAGUAAUCACAUACUUUAUCUAUCUAUCUUCAACCAAUUCAGACUUUUCUGCCUGCAAAUCCCCGGC